CCGGCGCUUCUCGCCCUGGAGAGAGCCGGAGGGAUUAAAAAGAGGAGGAGCUCCCGGGAGCUCCCCUGUUUUACGGCCGGGACGGUGGGGGGGGGGAGAGGAAGGAAUGCCUCCCUCCGGUAUAAAAAGCAGGUUGGGAAUGGCGAAGAGUCCACCCGGCAUCCUUGCAGCCCACCCGUCCGGAGAAGCCAUGAGGGGUCUCCUCCGCGGCUUCGCGCUCCUCCUCGCCUAUGCCGCAGCCUCGGUCGCCUCGGAAGAAGGCUGGUGCUAUGCCUCUCAGCAGUGUGAAGUCUCAGGUUGCAAAGAACCCCGCGAAUGGGCAAAGCUAUACCCAGAAUGUGGAAACAACAAACAGUCUCCAGUCAAUAUUCGCACCCAGCAGGUAACCUACAACGACUCUCUGAAAGCAUUUAAUUUUAUAAACUACGAUGUGAAGCCCAACAAGUGGAGCAUGGAAAACAGCGGACACACAGUUGUCGUCAAGCUGGAUCACUCCGGGAAGGUGGAGCUGGGGGGCCUGAGUGGCAGGUACAAGGCGGUGCAGUUUCAUUUCCACUGGGGAAGCGAAGUGGAGAAGACACGGAGCCCUGGAUCCGAACACAGCAUCGAUGGGGAGAGAUACCCCAUGGAGCUUCAUAUCGUCCACAUUAAGGAGGAAUUUAAUGACGUGGAGGCAGCGGCCAAAGGAAAAGGCAUAGCAGUGCUGGGUUUUUUUAUAAAGCCUGGCAAAAAGAACCCAAACUAUGAAUCGCUCAUUUCACAUUUGGAAGAGAUCGGUGCUAAAGGGGAUAAAGUGGAGAUUCCAGCUGUGCGCCUGGAAUCCAUGAUCCCGGACAAGAAGGAUCUCAGCAGCUUCUAUCGCUACACUGGCUCUCUGACCACCCCUGGCUGCAGUGAGGAGGUGGUCUGGACCCUGUUUGAAGAAGCCAUUGAACUUGGGUGGGAGCAGAUCCAAGAAUUCUGGAAAAAGGUCUAUUUUGACAGUAAGAAGACACUUCCGAUGGUGGACAAUUUUCGACCCAUUCAGCCUUUACGUGGCCGAAUUGUGGAAAAAGCGAGCUCAAAUCUCCUCCUGCCUCCAAGGAAUGCGCUCUUGCUGGUCCCAACUGCAGCCUGCCUGGCCUUCGGGUGGAUCCCGUGAAGAGUCAGCGGGAUUCCUUGAACCGUUCGCCCUGAAUUGGCCUGGCCUCCUCGUGAAAGACUUCAGCCCUUGGCGCCUCACAGCCACAACCUGGAGCCUCUUUCCCAAGACAGCCAGGAUUUCAUGGCGGAAGCCUAUUUUCAGAUAACUUUCUUCUGCAUUAAGUGGAUCCCAUUUUACCAUGCAUGAAUUGUUCUCAUGCAAAAGGCCGAAAGAAAUAGGGGGAAAUCAUCCAAAGCACAAUAAUUUUAAGCGACCGAACCUGGAAUAUUAUUCUCACCCAGUUUCCACUUUCCAAUAAUAAAUCUCUGUUGGGUAGAAAGUCAAUCAGAUUCUCCUUCUUCUCCUUCUCUUCCAUCUCAACCUUUUCUUGUGCUCUCUCCUUCUCCCUCUCAUUCUCCCUCUCCUUCUCCUUCUCCUUAUCCCUCUCCCUCUCCUCUCCCUCUCCUCUCCUUCUC